AUGGAAAGGUGUGCAGGUGAUGAAGUGGAGGAUGAGCAGAAAAACUUGAGUACUAACUUUGAGAAAACAGAAUCCACCGCAUUUUUCUUUUACAAAGACCCCGAGACUAUGGGAUUAGAGACAAGACUCAGUGCCAAAGUCAAUGGUGGCCUGCAUACGGUGUAUCGGCUACCUCAUACCAAAUAA